AUGGCCCUCCGUUUCGUCUCGACACACAUGGCGUCAACGGACACCGCAGCCGCAGCAGGCGGCCUCAUCGUCGCAGCUGCAAAUGCCGGCAUGGAGGAGCUCGAGCUCUCACACAACGCCAUGACAGAUGACACGCGCGCGGCCCUGAUAUCGGCCCUCGGUGCUGGCUCGAUCCUCCUCCCCUCACUCUCCUCGCUCGUCAUUGUCUCCAACGUGGUCGAUCAGAGUCUGCUGUCCGCCGUAGCGCGUGCCUCGCCGGCGCUCGCCUCGAUCGAGCUGAGGCACUGUACCGCAGCAGAGGGAAGCCUGACAGAGGUCAUGGAGGCGCUGGCUAAUGACUGUCCGGAUGUGGAAAAACUUGUUGUCGUCGACUCGCCCAUCGGCAACGCAGGCGUCCGCCGAUGGCUCGCCGGCCCUCGGCCCAGGCUCGUCCAUCUGGCGCUGGGUGACGUCGGUCUCGGGCCGACCUCUGUCGCUACGCUUCUAGCCGCCGAGCUGCCUGCCCUUGCUACCCUUGUUCUUGACGACAAUCCGCUCGGAACUGCAGCCGUUGAGCGCCUCCUCGAUGCAGGCAGUCGAUGGGCGCCAGCGCUGCAGCGGCUCUCGCUCGCCAGGACCCGAGUUCUGCCCAAAGACGUCCCGAGCCUCAUUGCCCGUGCUGAAACGCGACGCCCAACCACAGAUGUCACGCUGGCUCCUCAGCAGAAGCCCGUCUCGGCUCGAGACGCCGCCUACUUUGGCGACGGGCUCGACGAGUGGCGACAGGCCCUCGCCUUCGCCAUGACCCGCGUACACUCGCCGUCGCUCAUCGACUUGCUCGCAAGCUGGCAUGCGGCUGCUACCUCCGAGCGGCUCGAUGGAUUUUAUCUCGGAUACCUUGACCUCGACGGCCAUGAUCUGCAGCAGGUCGUCCAUCUUGCCGCCGCAAACGUUGGCGCACUCCCGGCUCCUGCUCCCAUCUGCGGCAUCUACCUUGAAGGUGUACAGCUCGGCGACGGACGUGUUAGCGAGCUGGCAGCGGCACUGGAUGCGCUUCCAUAUCCGCUUGAAGGAGUCACCACACUUGUGCUCAAAGGAACAAGCAUCAAUGCCGACGACGCCAACCUUCUCGCAAGCGCUCUGCCGCGCGCCCUGCCGUCUCUCGAAGUCCUCGACGUGUCCAACAAUCCUGAGCUGACUACCAGCAGCAUUGUUUCGCUCUUCGCCACACUGGCAACGCAGGGUAUCUCUCUAGUUGUCUUUGCUGCUGCAAGCACCGCUCUUGACACAUCUGCUGUGGCACAGCUUGUUGCGCACGCGCCAGCCAUGCCCAAGCUGGUAGAGAUCGAUGUUCGCGGCAACGGGCUCGACGCUGACGAUCUCGACGACCAGGUUUGUGAUGCGGCGCGUGACGCCGGAAUCGGCAUUGUCUUCACCGACGACGAUGCGCCGGUGUACCGCCAAGAGCCGCUAGCCAGCCCAUUCACAGCCCAUCCCCCAUCGGGCAUCACACUCGGUGAUCUCGACGUUUCGGUCGCCGCCGCUCCGUCGCCACUGCCGCAGUCUACAGCGUCAACUAUCCGCAUACAGUCAUCAAGUGAUACUGAAGCGGCCUCCGCGCCACAGCAAGUCGCGAUGCAGGCUACGCGGCAUAACGUGCAUACGCCGAUGGCGGGAGUGCAGAUCACGAACAAGAUCCAGAUUCAGCUCGAUGUUCUUCUUGACGCAGUCGAGCAGCUGGAGCCGCCGUCGACCAAGGUCAUGGAGCUAGUGACCUCUCUCCGAGCUUCGCUUGGCGCGACCCGCGACAUGCUGCGCAAGACCCAGCGCGAAGGCGCGGCACUCGAGACAGCUGUUGCAACCACACACACCAAGCUCGCGGGUGUCCAGCAAGAGAUGAAGCGGCUGAUGGCAUACUCGGCGACUGCGAGCGCUGUCGGCCCGGAUCUCCUUGCUGGCGCGCUGCCACCCGAGCUCGACGAGCUCGACACCCAGCGGUUCGUGCUCCGCGACCAGCUGCGAUCGCUCACAUCGUCGACCACGCAGCUGCUCUCGCUCCAGGCUGAUCUCCUCUCGUCGCUUCUCGACGAGUCGUCGGCACUUGUUCAGGUCUCCGCCGCACACGCGCGACCGUCGCAGUGGGCGCUGCUCGACGCCGCCGGCCUCGGCUCGCAUGCCAAGCUGACAGAGCUUCUUGCUGAGCUUGAAAGCCUGGCAGCUUCGAUGAACGAGCUUGCCGGUGCGGAGGACCGAGCAGCGGCAGCAGCAGUGACCGCCACCUUGGCGCACGACAAGGUUCGCAAGCUGGAGCUAGAGUUGGCCGCCGCGCGCGAGGCGGCGGUUGCGGCCGACGCCAGCGCCCGGAGUGCCGACGCCGCCAAGCUCGCGCUGCGCGAGUCUGUGGCCGCCGCGGCAAGCGCGCUCAACGUCAACACGAUCGGAACCGGCUCGCGGAACAGAAUCAAUGCGCUCGCGGCGCGGCUUCGGACGGCACAUACGCACUUUGCUGACGUUGUCCACGCCGCCGAAUCACUGGCCGAAUCACAGGCGCUGGCUGCGGACGAGUCGACGUCUGCCGCGGCCGAGCUUGCGCGCGUCCACACCGCCCUGGCCAAGGUCCGCGGCCACGAGGCCGCAGCAUCCGAGGCGAUGGAGGCGCUUGACGCGGCGAACGAGCUCGCACGCAAGCACAGGAUCCAGCUCGGCGAGGUGGCGCGACUCGAGUCGCGGCUUGCGCUGCUCGAGGGCGACCGCGACACUGCUCUUCACAACGCAAACCUUAGUCUUUACAAGGAGACCGAGCUCGCGUACAACCAGACUUCGGGCCUGCUCGCCAACGCGCGAUUCGAGGCAGCGUCGCUGGCCAACAGCAUCGACUCGAUGCGGGUAUCGAUGCGGUAAAGAGGAAAGACAG